AGCAGCAAAACCCGCGCCAGUGUUGGAAUAUGGCGGGUUGUAGUGCCGGAGGGUCUCCUAGCUCCCGGGGGCGUGCAGACGGGGAGGAUGCGGGACCCUCGGAGGAGCUGCUGUGGGAAAGGGCGAACGAUAAUGAGGAGUCAUUCGAAUGCCAGGAACUGCUCGAGUGUCAGGCUGAGAUGGGGGCCCCGGAGGAAGAGAAGGAUGCGGACACGGUGGCGGAGGUCGAGGCGGUAGCUGGUGGCUGGAUGCUGGAUUUCCUCUGCCUCUCUCUCUGCCGAGCUUUCCGAGACGACCGCUCCGAGGACUUCCACCGGACGCGCGACAGCGCCGAGGCUAUUAUUCAUGGAUUAUCCAGUCUAACAGCUUAUCAAUUAAGAACUGUAUACAUAUGUCAAUUUUUGACAAGAAUUGCAGCAGGAAAAGCUCUUGAUGCACAGUUUGAAACUGAUGAACGAAUUACACCCUUGGAAUCAGCCCUGAUGAUUUGGGAUUCAAUUGAAAAGGAACAUGACAAAUUUCAUGAAGAAAUACAGAAUUUAAUUAAAAUUCAGGCUAUAGCUGUUUGCAUGGAAAGUGGCAAUUUUAAGGAAGCAGAAGAAGUCUUUGAAAGAAUAUUUGAUGGCUCACAUACGCCUUUACAAAGGAAAUUGCUUAAGAUAAUCUCUCAGAAAGAUACAUUUCAUUCCCUUUUUCAACACUUCAGCUAUAACUGCAUGAUGGAGAAAAUUAAGAGUUUUGUGAAUUAUGUGCUUGAUGAAAAAUCAUCAACAUUUUUAAUGAAGGCAGCAGCAAAAGUAGUAGAAAGUAAAAGAGCAAGAACAGUUCCUCAAGAGAAGCCUAAUGGUACUGACGUUGACAUGGAAACUCAAGCUGAUUUGGAUAUAGGCAAAAGGUCUCACAAGAAUCUCUUCUUAUCUAACUCACAACAUGAUUGCCACCAACAAGAUUCUAGUGAGGAAGAAGAAAGAAAAAAAGUUCUUAAAAGUAGAAGAAGGACACAGAAAGACAAACAAGAGACCGAAAGAAAGAGAAUGAGUGUUUUAAACAAUCAGCCAGAAACUUCUAAAAAUCAUCGCUCUAGGAAGAGACAGGUAUGGCUUUGGGAAGAAGACAAGAAUCUGAGAUCUGGCGUGAGGAAAUAUGGAGAAGGAAACUGGUCUAAAAUACUAUUACAUUAUAAAUUCAACAAUCGAACAAGUGUCAUGUUAAAAGACAGAUGGAGGACUAUGAAGAAGCUAAAACUGAUUUGCUCAGACAGUGACAACUGAAUAUGUAAAAGCUUGAUAAAAGGACAGUUAAAUAUUUUGAUCAUCGUGUUUUGUUUGAAACUGGGUGGUCAUAGAUACAUCUUAAAAUUUUUGUUUAAAGCAUUACAGUAUUUUUCUUAGUCAUUUAAUUAAUAUGAGGAUUUGUGUUAUGAGUAAUAUGCCCUCAUUGUAUUCUUUAAGAGCCUUUUACUUGGUAAAAUGUAAAUAUGUCAACCCUGAUGUUUUCACUACCUUUAUCCCCAAAUCCUGUACCAAUAAAAAAAAAGAAAUGAAAACCUGGUAAGAGAAGAAAUAUUUAACCUAUUUUGUGUUUAUAUUCUGACUUCAACUCCAAAACAUCCACAUAAAAGUGAAGUUUCUAAAUCAGUGAAUACUAAUAGGCCUUAUAUUCAGGGCUUUGAUAAAGUAAUUACUAUGUUUAUAGAAUGAUACAAAGUAAUCUUUGAGUUGUAAGAUACUUAAAUUUUCCUUUUAGUAGUUUUAUGUAAAGGAAAAAAACUUUAAUAGUAAUACCCAUAGGACAAAAGUACUAUUAACAAGAUUUGCUUCAUGUAUAGUUUAGACACAUUUGCUUUUUUUGUUCCAAUGUUAAAACUUUGACAAAGAUGGUUUUAAAUAAGCUUAUUUAUAACCUGGUGCCAUAAUAUUAUUUUCUGAUAUUUUUAAUAUAUCAACAGCAUGCCUAAACGAUGCUCUGUAAAUGGCUUACAUUGAUAUUAACCAUGAUCAUUUUCACACCUCUGAUAAAUACUAAAUAAGGUCAUACAUACCUUACAAGAUAAUUUUGAUUUUUCACCAACAUAUAAUUCUUUACAGAAUUGGACAAAAACUAAUAUAGUCAUUUAGCAUUUUGAGUUGCAUGUGCUUUAUUUAACAAGUGAAAAUACUGAUGUAGUCGCAUAACUACAGUUGAUAGUAUUUUGUAAUCUGUUUGAUUUCUUAUUCCAUUGUACAUUACCUCCCCCUUGUUCCUGAAUUUGUUGUCCUAUACAUGUAGUAAACAGAAAUGUAGGUAAUUACUAUAUGCUUCCUGAUUCAGUAUUUUUUACAUUAAUUACUGCCACUGUUUAUGGAAGACAUUUUGAUGGUCAGUGUCAAAGCAAGCCUCAUGAGCCAAAAUGGACCUGUAAGUCAACUUUCUCAUCUCAAACAGGCAAUAAUGAUAUAAAUCUAACUUCCAGCCAAGAUAGAGGCAUAGGUAGAUAUACUGUGCAUCCUUACACAACCAAAAGAAGGACAACAACAAAUUUAAAAACAAAAACAACCAGAACUGACAGAAAAUCUAACUCUAUGGAAGACCGACAACCAAGGAGUUAAAGAAGGAACAUUCACCCAG